AGAAUAUUAAUAGCAGCCCACUUAAGGUUGCAACCUAUAGCUUUAUCUCUCUUUCUCUCAAAUGGAAAAACAAAUCAACAUAGAGACUAAUGCUAUUGCUACUCAUCAUCAAGACAAUAAUGCUUCCGUUGUAACAACCUCCACUUCUUCGGAAUCUUGGUCUUCCUCCAAAAAAUCGUUAGUGCAAGACAACGAACCUGUCCUAAAACGGCGGAAGAGCAACGUUGGAGAUGGUAACGAGACUCCUACGUCGUAUAGAGGAGUAAGGAAGAGGAGCUGGGGAAAAUGGGUGUCGGAGAUUAGAGAGCCAAAGAAGAAGUCAAGAAUAUGGCUUGGAACUUAUCCAACGGCUGAGAUGGCAGCUCGAGCUCAUGACGUAGCGGCUUUAGCUAUUAAAGGCAACUCCGGUUAUCUCAAUUUCCCUGAAUUAUCCGGUUUGCUUCCUCGUCCGGUUAGCUGCUCUCCCAAGGAUAUACAAGCCGCAGCUGCUAAAGCCGCGGAAGCCACGUGGCAAGAACCGGUUGUCCAUGAGAAAUUAACCGAGGAGCUAAGCCAUUCUGAGUUGUCUACGGCUCAGUCUUCGACUUCCAGCAGUUUUGUCUUUUCUUCGGACACGUCCGAGACUUCGAGUACGGACAAGGAGAGCAACGAAGAGACGGUGUUUGAUUUGCCGGAUCUUUUCACCGAAGGGCUUAUAAACCGAAACGAUGCGUUUCGUUACUAUGAUAGUACGUCGACGUGGCAAUUUUAUGGAGAUGAUGUGAUGUUCCGGCUUGAAGAGCCGUUCACUUGGCUAGAUGUAUAGUCCCAUGCACUAUGGGGCUUCCUUUAAACUAGUUUUCAGUAUAUAUAUAUUUUCGACGUUUUCUACAUUUGAGUGUGUUUAUUAUUUACGUUGCGAUGAAAUGAGCUGGUUUUGAAUAAUUGUCAGUGUUUCAAAAUUGAAGUAAUGUAAGUGAAUCUAAUUAGUGGUAGUGGCAAAAAUAAUGUAUUUUAGCGUAAAAAUUCACAGGAAAAC